CCAAGUGUCGCGGAAGAUAGUGCGUAGGGGAUUUAAAUACUCGGGAGCCGGAUGGGUGCUCCUACAUCCCAACACCACAAGCAUUUCUCUUGGAUUCAGCAACUGGCUAGGCAAAAUGACUACCAUCCCGACAGAAAAUGAGAUCAAGAUCGACGAAUGGGAAGAAGAGGACAGAGACCAGGUCGUGAGGAUCGUCACUAUCACUGGAGCGAAGAUGCGAAAGGGGAAUCCCGAUAAUCAAAAGCAGAAACUCGUUCAUUGGCGCUGUGGCCUAGCAUACUCGAUUAUACAACCCGACGAUGAGAACACUGCCACCACUGGUUGGCGUUCGGUGACCCUCGAUACAUUCAAAUCCGAUGAGAAAAACCCCGAUGUCACCAUUGAGAUGGUGACGAAGAAGUUUCUGAUAUCGUCAAACGCUCCCGGACUGAUGUACUUCAAUCCUGUGAAAACGUUUACGACUACUGACAUCUACAACUGGCUGCAAGAAAAGCGCUUCCAUCGCUACAGAUACGACGAAAACGGAAGCGGAUGCGGCUUCUGGACGUGGACUGUGAUCUCGGCACUCGAAGCAGAUGGUUUCAUAGUCGAGGGUUCCGGAGCGUCGUGCAAGAAAGAGUUCGAUAGAGUGCGAGAGAACCCUACAUGCUGGGUUCCUUAUGACCAAGGCACAUUCUAUGAGAUCGAGGGAGCAUCUUCUUCAGCCUCAAGCUGAGAACCACUUUCUUCGCCGAGUCCAUAAUGCAAUGUACUAGUAGUGCGAGCGGU